AUGACCAGUAAUGUUCCGGUCGCGAAUCUCGGCGGCGGCGUGGCGCUGGCGUCGAACGGAAUGGAUCCGAAGGUCUUCCGUGUGGCAGCACUGCGGUCGCUCGCCGAUGACGGCGUCCGCGUCGUUUGUGCGCCCGUCAUCAUCGGCAGGUGGCGCGUCGUAAGCGCUAUUAACUAGGAUUCGCCGAACAAUCAUGGCCGCUCCGGCCGUUUGAUACUCUGAUAAAAAUAAUAUUGUUAUUAUUCGCCGUCUCAAAAUCGCCCGUCGCGUUAAACCGUCUCAGUCGUCGCCGACGAAUAAGCCUUGUGCGUAUGUUUGUGUCGCCUUUAGCGAGUCGUCGUGUCCCGCUGUCGGCCGGCUUUCCGAUUUUCGUACGAUCAAACCGAACGGGCGUCCAGGACGCCAACUCGGGACGGCGUUUCAGGAGACGCCCAGCACUAUCUCGUGGUAAGCGACAACCGCCUCCCGGUCGUCGUGCAUUCUGUGCGACGACCGCACUAUCGUCCGAUUUAAUUAUUAUGCACAGGAACGCGACGCCGAUGAUAAAAAGAAACCGUUCUUAUUAUCGUGUCCUGACUAUGACGUCCGACCGCCAAAAUCGUUUUGCGCGUCCGGCACCGCCGCCGGGCCGCACACGCCGGGCGUCCCUGCUGGCGGUCCCUGA